AUGAUCAAAGUCGCAGUGGUCGGAACCAAUGGGUUGGCGCAGUACAUUGCCAACAGUAUCGCGACACAGACAUCCCAUCAGUUUAUCGUCCUGUCUCGAAGGCCUAGUCCAGGUCUGACAGCGAGAGGGUGGCAGGUGCUUCAAGUCGACUACUCCAACCCUGCGGACCUGAAAUUCAAACUGGCCGGUGUCGACACUGUCAUCUCUACCGUCAGCGGCAAUGCCCAACUUGCUCUGAUUGACGCCGCGGCGGCGGCCCACGUACGUCGCUUUGUCCCCUCUGAGUUUGGCGGACCGCCUUCUCUGCGGCCCCAGAACGAUCUUCUUGACGACGGUCGCCGUGCAGCCAUUCUUCGGCUUCACCAACAUGAAGCUUCAGGCAUGCGCUUCACCAUCUUCACGUGCGGCGUCCUGUACGAGAGAUUCGCCCCUGGGGGGAUGGCAGCCUCACAAAUCGGCCUGCGAAGUAACAUCGGCCAGGAAGGGGACUAUCUGAUGGACUUCCGCCGAAGACGGGCACAGGUCCCCUACCUUAACAGCGCCGGACAGCCUGCGACAAUUUGCAUGACUUCGGCUGCUGAUGUUGCGAGGUUCGUGGUCGCAGCCCUGGACUUGCCUUCCUGGCCAAGAGAAUUCCGCUUGCGCGGUGAGCGACUGAGUGUUCGGGAUGUGGUUGCCAUAGCUGAGGAGAUCCAAGGCCGGCCGUUCGAGGUGUCGGGCCAUACAAGGAGUUCGUUGCAAGACGCAUUGACGUACGCCCGAGCGGUAGGAGACCAUGCGCGAGAGACUCGAGUUCAUCAUUUGAUCACGACAGCCGAAGGUCGCUACGACUUUGUCAACACCAAUCUCAACCAGCUGGUGGCAGUCCGACCAGAGAGCUUCCGUGACUGGCUUUUGCGUGUCUGGUCGUCGGCCAUCUAG